UGCUAUUAUUUCAGGAGCUCCUACAGCCCCACCCCCCUUUAUGUGUGUGUGUGUGUGUGUGUGUCCUGAGGCUGUCCAAGUUGCUAUAGCUCCGCACCAGCAAUUAUGAUGCCACUCUCCACCCACUCACUGGACAAUGAGGAGCCAUCAGAGCGUCCGAUAAAACACAGCAAGAAGCGUAAAUCCAAGCAUCCUAAGGCCACCACCAUCCAUCAAGUCAACCACGACUCACAGCUCCUGGAUGCAGUCAGCCAGGGCAAGAUACGAGUGAUCAAGAGAUUACUGGACUCUCGAGCCAAUCCCAACCACACCAACGAUCAUGGACAGACUCCACUCAUGCUAGCCUGCACCAUAUUGGAGGAGGGGGUCAGGAAAGAUAUUGUAGAGCUGUUGCUACGACGAGGAGCAGACCCAAACCUGCAGGACUUGCGAGGGAGAACUCCGCUAAUGUCUGCAGUUCAACUGGAGGAUGAUGUCAUUAUCGAGUGUCUACUGCAGUGCAAGUGCAGUGUACAGCUCCUCGAUGCAGACGGUAACAAUGCUCUCUACUACGCUGCAAUCCGUGGAAACGAUGUAUUAGUACGAACACUUGUGGGAGUAUUCAAACGGCAGGGUGCUGAUAUCGACCAACAGAAUGUGCAGGGAUUGACUCCACUGCUUGCAGCUUGUCAGGAGGGCCACCUGGAGGUUGCUAGGAUACUCGUACUGGAGGGCGGGGCUUCACCUACUAUACGUGAUCUCGAUCAGUUCAUGACGGCUGAAGAAUGGAUGAAAGUAUCGGGAUUUCACAGCGAGGACAAAUUAGCGUUUCUAUCUCCAUCAAUACAGAAAAAAAUGUUGUACAGACGACAACGACAAAUGAAAGGUAUUAGAACUCUGACUGAUUAUAUAGCGACCAAUGAGCUCUUGGAUGGCAGCAAAUCUCCAAAUGUGUUUAGCCUGAGGCGAAAUAGCAUAGAUGACAAUGACAGGCUCCCGGAUCUAACAUCAUCGCAACCCGCAAAGUCAAUGUUUGGAUCUCUACCCGGCAGUGGCAAUUCAAUGUUUUCCGUACCCCAAGCCGUAACCAAGGCAACACGAACCCCUGGCUAUGCGCUUGGACGGCCAGUACCUGCAAAACCACCGUCACAUAAUUCUAAAACGGCUUUUUUCACCACAAAGAGCGAUCUGUACUCCUCGAGCUACCUCUCGAGACGAAAGUCGUUUCUGAGCAAGAAUCCUCGCGGUGGGUGCUACCAUAGCGGAGCGUUAGAGCCGCUAGAAGGUCCAAGGUCAACUACCGAUAACCUCAUAGAGACCGGCAAGGGUAGUAAUCGUGGUACUAGAAAAAAACACGAUCUUUUACCUCCAAUUAAGAGAUAGAUAGCAUUGUGUGUUUUAAAUCAUACACUGUUAUAAUUCAUUUCUUGAUAAUAAUGUAAUUACUAUAAUUAUGUACUGUACGUACAACGUAUUUUUAUAGAUUUCCCCUGGUUGAUAAUUAGUAUAAUUUUAUCAAA